AUGAUGGCGAUAGAACGCCCGUCUGUCCUACAGCUUCCAACGUGGAACGAGCACGCCAUGUUCCCGUAUGGACUGGAGGACCGGGGAGCUGCGCACGGCUCUAUAUUGUCGGAGAAAAGGGACCCCCUGCCCCGGAACGAGCUGCUAAUAGAGCCCCUGCAUCCCCACGCGCUCCGGCCAGGACUCUACGUGCGCGGGCUACAGCGACCCCCUGCGCAGGGUACAGCGACUCGCAGCCAGACAAUCCAGACCAACGGCAGCAUCCUGACAGAGACCAAACCCCCACGGUCAGAGCACAGCUACCUGUGGAACGGCCACCGCAGAGUCAACAGUGAGCAGGGGGACAGUGACCACGACGCCAUGCACCGAGGACCCGCCUCUGGGACGGACCUCUUCUCUAACUGCACAGAGGAGUGUAAGGCCCUGGGGCACUCGGACCGCUGCUGGAUGCCCGCCUUUGUGCCCGCCGAGCGACAGGGCUCAGACUACCGCAGUAACCUCCACGUGCCAGGCAUGGAUGCACCGGCAGACGCUGAGAGGGGAACAACUUUUGCCAGCUCCUUCCGCGUGGACAUCCCAGACACGGCAUGA